UCUCUGGGGAGAGAGAGGAGGAGACCACUGCCUCUAAAAUGAGUCUCUCUGGGGAGAGAGAGGAGGAGACCACUCCCUCUAAAAUGACUCAAGACACCAGUUCUAAGAAUGUCCAGAAGCCCAGAGCAGAGUCACCUACAACCAGCCUGCUAUCAAUGAAGAGUGAUCAGCCACCUACUUUCAGCCAGGAACCAUUACCAGAUGACAAUAAGGAAGUGGAGAGUUUGGACAGUGAGGAUGCAUUAAAGAUCACACACAACCUUCUGGACAGAAGAAGUCAAACUCUGCUGACAGUCCAACAAGACAUUAAGGCUAAACUGAAACACAAGUAUCAACACAUAUCUGAAGGAAUUGGACACCAUGGAAACCAAAGUCUGUUCAAGGACAUCUACACAGAGCUCUACAUCACAGAGGGUGGAAGUGGAGGGCUCAAUAAUGAACAUGAGGUUAGACAGAUAGAGAUGGCAUCCAAGAAACAAACCACACAAGAGACACCAAUCAAAUGCAACGACAUCUUCAAGAACCCUUCAGCAACAAGACUAGAACCUGACCAAUGUUCAGCCCUGGCCUACCUGUUACUGAUGUCAGAGGAGGUGCUGGAGGAGUUUCGGACCUGCAAGACAUACAACACAUCAGAGGAAGGUUAUCAGAGGUUGCUGCCGGUCGUUAGAAACCUGCAAGAGAGCACUACUGGAUGGCUGUGA